CUUCCAAUUUUAUGCUAGAUUUUCCGAAAGGGUGAGGUUGGGCUUCUGUUUCAUUGUCUGUAUCUGGGUGCAAAUAAAUGGGUUCCUCGAAGAAGCGUCGAAGAAAGGGUUUGGGGUUGAAUCGGAGAGAAAAAGAGUGAAAGAAAGUUGGACUCACCUGAAAUUGAUUGAGAGAGAGAGAGAGAGAAAAAGAGAGAUUGUCAUUGCAGCAGCCCUGAAUGGUGUUGGCUGCCGAAUUGCUGGGCUCCGUUGCUGUUGCUGUUGUUGUUGCUGCUGCUUUGCAUUUGGAGUUCAUGUGACGGAUUUGAAUCUGGUUUUGGUUGUAUCUGUGUUUCUAUGCUAGAUCGCCACCUUGGUAUAGAUCCAGCCAACGAGGUUGAAGUUUUAGGGUGAAACUAGAGCGAGGCCUGCUUAAGUGUUGAAUGGAGAGCUAAGCACGACCUUCAUUCAGCGAGUUCGAUCAUCGGUUACCAGUUUAGUUCAUCCUCUUGCAAGGAGAACUCGUCACAGCCGUUUCAUAUGGUUGGCGAUUUUUGGUCUAGAUUUAUUGUUUAGCAUCUUUAUUACAGGUGUUUGUUUUAUUUUUUUAUCCUGACCCUGUCGAAGUUUCGAAGCUGAGACUUAGACUUAGUGUUCACGCGUUCAACUGCUUUCUUGUCGGUGGAUGGUGUCUAGAGUAGUCAACGGCGUGGUGAAUGCAUUCAAAUGUCGAAUUUUAAUAGGUUGCGUUUAACUUGGUGGAGUGAGUGUAAUUAGUACUGGUUCAACCAAUUUCCAUCUCUCCUUUUCAGGUUUCUGGCUCAGUCAAUCAGGUGUUGGUGUCCUAGGUAGUGCAUUGUAGGAACAGAUUCGUUUGCAACUAGACCACUCGAGCUGAGAUUCAUUGAAAUCGGAGCUGUUUGGUAAAAUGGCAUAGGAAGGCUAACAGGGCAAAUUCCGAAAGUGAUUAACUAGAGGCAGCCAUGGGCUUGAUCUCAAGAGAAAUUUCGGUGCCAACUGUUGUAGUGUCUUACUUGACUUUAUUGCUAGCUUAUGGAUUCCUCCUUACAGCGAUCACAUGUUCACGAGCACCCCGGGAGUUGAGCGUGAAUCAAUCUCCUCCCACAGUAAUCUCGCAAAUUAGUAACAAUGAUUCUUCAAAACUAGCUCUUGCACACGGAAGGUCUCUCCUGUCGCUGGAAUCGGAGGAUAAGUUGGAAGGAAUGCCCAAAGUGGGCGUCGAAGUCAGCAUCUCGGAUCCAGUUUCAGCAUUAGACAUUUCGGAGCUAGAUCUUAUUGCCCUACAUGAGAGCCUGCCAAAACUAUACCAUUCACCGAAAGUCUUCACCCUGAGUUACGAGGAGAUGCGGGAACAGCUGCAGAUUUGGGUGUACCCCACUCAAGCAGGAAGCACAAAGUACGAGCAUAAUUACGACGGAGAUGAAGACGUGACGGAGGAGAUCAGUAGCACGGCCGACUUAUUCUUCCGACUUCUGACACGAAGCGAAUUCGUCACAGAGAAAGCCAAACGAGCUCAAUUAUUUCUACUCCCGUUUUCGAUCGACGUUCUGUGGGUCGACCUCGGCCCCACUCAAGUUGCUGAGAAGCUCCGUCGCUACCUCGAGAAGGUGAGAACCAACUACCCCUACUGGGAAUCCUCUCUUGGAGCCGACCAUUUCUAUCUCUCCUGUCAUGCUUUCGAGCACAACAGCAAGCACCGCAACAUACUGGAGUUAGGGAAAAACUCCAUCCAGGCUGCUUGCGCGCCUCUCCGGCACAACCAGAAAUUCUAUCCUCACAAAGACGUAGUAUUCCCACAAUACAAACCCGUCGGGGAGGAGGACGUGCGUCAAGCGAUUCUCGGGAGAAGGAACCGCACAUCUCUGGCUUACUUCAGCGGCUGCCCCGACGUAACGACCCCGCUUUUAUCAGCCUUUCACACCUGGGAAACUGACCCAGACUUCAUUGUAGAAGCGAAUCCCUCCCCGCAUCGCUUAUCCGUGUACCGAAACCUCGCAAGAAGCAGAUUUUGUGUGAGCGUCCUGCCACAUGACACCUUCAGCUUAGUGGACGCUCUUCGCUUUGGUUGCGUCCCCGUUCUGCUCUCCAAGCUCACCUUCCACGACCUGCCGUUCCAGGGAUUCUUAAACUGGGGGCAGUUCGCAGUUGUGCUAGGCAUUGAAGACCUCCCAAACCUGAAACAAAUUCUGGCUAACGUCUCAUCUACAAAGCACCGGGAGAUGCAAUACCUCGGCCACCAGGCGAUCAAGCACCUGGAGUGGAACAAUCCCCCCGUCGCAUACGAUGCCUUUCACAUGACGUUGCUUGAGCUCUGGGUGCGCAGACACAGCAUCAAAUACACACGGCAAGUCGAAGCCAGUUCCUUCGAUGACAGUUAAUAAACUUCUGAUAGACCAUCGAUCUCGUUGGAUAGCCACAGAUGAAAACGAUGAGCGCCAUCACGACCCACACGGAUGCGUGACGAACACAUGGAUUGCUUGGUCACUGCAAUUGGUCGAUCACGAUCGAGUUUGGAUUUGCAUGAGCCACUCAUUCCUGGCUCAUGCACGAUGUUGCCCACUCCAGUGCAGAUCGUGUGUUUGUUUGUGUGUAUAUGUUGUGUCGGUGGAAGAGUGGACAAGAUAUCAACUUGGCGAUGGCAAUCACCCGGAUUUGUGAGCUUUGGCAAUUUUCUGGCAGAAUUAGCAAAGAAGAAGAAGAAGAAGCAACUAACUCUUCUUCCUGUUUAUUUUAAAACACCAAAUUAUAUUAUCAUUAUUGUUAUUAUUUUAAGACCUUUCUCCUC